AUGAAGUGUCUCAUUUCUCCUCCUUCUAAACGAACCUGUGGUAUGUCUAUGUGUGUGUCGCGACGUCCCAUGAGAUUCAUGUCAAAGAAUAGACUUGCUAUUUUUGUGUUUAUUUUCCAAAGUCUUCCUAUGCGCGGCAAGUUCGCAGGGAGCCUCUUGAGUGAUGGAUAUAGUCGUAGUCGGCAGUGUGAUCGAAGGAACGAUCCAACGUGUUGGCGCGGAACUUAUAGAGGGGGUACGGCUGUGCGAAGUUGCUCCUCGAGGGGUCGACGGCGCUCGGGUUGCCGCCUGAUGUUGUCGAGGAAGCCAGUACUAUAUAUAAUGCUCCUAAUGUGAUAUAAGGUUUUCGUCAUGAUGAUCUCUCUCGAACUAUACUAGAAAUUUCUGGUCGUGUCAUGUGACGCUCUAGAUUUCAUCGUAGAACAGGAGGAACUAUUUGCGAAAUACACAGUAUCAAAAACAGAAAGAUAAACAAAAAGGACAUAUAUCUGCCGGGAUCGUUUUUGUCUCCUCCGGAAACAGUGCAUGGUGGACUGUGCUCGUGCCGGAGGUUUUUCGAAUAUUUACUCUACACCAACGUUGAUCGGUGGCACUUAUAUGGGUAGAAGAGCCUGUCUUCCAUGUUGAAUGUGGUAAAAGCAUUGUCGUCGAAUGGACGCGCUCAAGGGAAGGUUUGAAGUAGUGUGAGUAGUUGGAAGUCGGGUUUGAAGUAAGCUUGUUGCGAAGAGCGGACGGAAUAUUUUUUUUGAGAAACUCGUGAGUGUUUGAUUCACUUUUCUAAAUUUUGCUGGAGGGUGUGAGACUCCAAGCGUAUACGAGGCGAAGGGUCCACUUGUAGUUUCUUGACGGCAGUGAAUCUCAACAUGAUGACUGUCCCCGCCCGCAUGUUGCGUCUACUUCCCAGCGUAAUCGAUUGCGCCAUCAUGAUGAUUGCGGAUGCUCACAUGUUGGCGCAACGGAUUACGCUGGGAAGAGGCAACAUGCGGGCGCUGGCGCCGAUUUCGUGAAAGCAGGAACCUGUUCGAACUGAAACGUCGUUCGUUUUCACUGAAGUCGAAGUGAUCGGAAGAACUAGGUUUGUACGUAGUCUCUACUACUGAACCAACCAAAAUCCGUACAACUGGACCGCACAACAACCAAAGAUCCGUUCGCGCUUGCGUCUUUAUUCGUCCG